AUGCCAACCCUUGGGACAACAAAGGUUUUGGAAAGGCCAGUCAUAAGAGCUCUUCAGCAAGAUUUUUGGUUAGAAAAAAUAUUGAACAAGUUACCUGAAAGACCACUUUCUUUAACGGUCAGCUCUGCAUUCCCUGAGAAACCUGUCAAAAUUUACAACGCUUGCAUCUACCUAUCUCCACAGACCACAGAGGACCAAGAAGGUGAAAGGUUUUUUCCUUUCACAUACACUUUAGGCAGGAGAGAAAGGAAGCAGACACCACAACGCUUAAAGAAAAUCAGUGACAAACACCUUGACCUUCAAACCCAGAAGAAAAAUAUCACUCAGCUGGAAGUCUUUGAAGCCUCUCGAGAUAGUAGAAAGCAUCCUAGCAUUAGAGAAGUACUUAAAGCUGUCAUUUGCAUUCUAAGAUACAUGAGAAGGUGGUUCGAACACAGGGCAUUAAAGAUAGUAAAGAUUAACUCUACAAGUCAUGGACCAUCCCUACCAGCAGCUGAAAGGUAUUACUCUAACAUAACCUGCAUUAGGUGUCAAACUGGUGUUUUGGAUCUCUCUCCACCAAUUUGGUAUUUCGAAUUAGAGCAGUGGAUAGACAAGAAAAAAUUUUAUGAAACAAUGUUUUCCCAGAGAGAAGUUGACAAAAAGAUGGAGAGAAAUGAUCUGGAAGUCAGUGGAAGAGCCUGCAAUGAUCCUCUCAAUGUAGAGCAGCAGCAGCAGCUCCUGUGUGACUUACAGAGAGAGAGCCUUUUUGGGAACCUCACAACUUCAACUGCUGCUGUAAGAAGCAUCAAAAAGCAUCGAGCAUUUGAAAUGGCUUUCACAUUAUUUCCUUUUCUUGCUCCAAAGCUUAAGAACCUGAUUACAGUGCUGCUACCAUGGGUGCAUCAUUUCAUGGAUGAAAAAGAUGGAUCCAAGAUAUUAAGUAAAAUUUUCAACUCCUCAGAAGGAUAUUAG